ACAAAUUCUUCUCUUUCCAUCUCAUUAAUUUCUUUUACAUAGCUCCUUCAACCAUUAUAUAUUCUUCUUCCUUUCCCUUUCUUUUUCAAUUAUACUUUCUUCUCCAACUCACACAUUUUCAAUGGGAAGAUCACCAUGUUGUGAAAAAGUUGGUUUAAAGAAAGGACCAUGGACACCGGAGGAAGAUCAAAAACUUUUAUCUUACAUCGAAGAACACGGUCACGGAAGCUGGCGUGCUCUCCCUGUAAAAGCCGGACUUGAGAGGUGUGGCAAGAGUUGUAGGUUGAGAUGGACUAAUUAUUUGAGGCCGGAUAUUAAGAGAGGGAAGUUUAGUUUGCAAGAAGAGCAAACUAUUAUUCAACUUCAUGCACUUUUAGGCAACAGGUGGUCAUCAAUAGCCACACAUUUACCUAAGAGAACAGACAAUGAAAUCAAGAACUAUUGGAACACACAUCUUAAGAAAAGGUUAACAAAAAUGGGAAUUGAUCCGGUUACACACAAGCCAAAAAAUGAAACCCUUUUCUCUGAUAAUCACUCUAAGAAUGCUGCAAAUCUUAGUCACAUGGCUCAAUGGGAAAGUGCAAGACUUGAAGCUGAAGCAAGAUUGGUUAGAGAAUCAAAGCUACGAUCACAAUAUUCAUUGCAACAACAACAUCAUCAACUUGGAAGUAGUAAUAAUUCGGUUUUUCCAUCUCAAUCUUCGUCAUCGGCUUCAUCGUCUUCGAUUCAAGUACUUGAUGUUAAAGAAGAAGGUGAGAAAGAGUGGAAAGGCUAUGAGGAUUCAACACAUUUGUUAGAAUUCAAGGAUCUCAUUGAGGGUUCAUCAAUGGCUUUUAGUUCUACCAUGCAACAUGAUAUGGCGAUGAUCAAUGUUGCCGAAGAAGGUUUCACUAAUCUCUUGCUCGAUAAUUCUAACUCCGAUGACCCGAGUUUGUCACCGGAGAGUGGUGGAGAGUGUAAUAAUUGCGACGGAAAUGACGGUGCGAGUGGGGGUGAUUUCUACGAAGAUAACAAGAAUUACUGGAACAAUAUUCUUAAUCUAGUUAAUUCUUCGCCUUCUGAUCCGUUAUUCUGAUAAUUAGAAAAAUGUUAAAUUAUCUAUAAAUAUCAGUGAUAAUAAAAUAUAAACUUAGUCUCUAAUUCGAGUAUCUCUAAGCUAAACCCUAGAGAUAUUUGGAUAAGAGUCUGAUUUAUAUUUUUUUUGUUUUUAAUUUA